GAGCUCACCUCCCGCUCCCUCCGCCUCCCGCCCGCCUCCCCGCCUCCAGCCCGCCUCCCUCCCGCGCCCAGCCUGCAGCCGGGAGCUCAGUAUUAUGGCAUCGAGGAGAAUGGAGACCAAACCCGUGAUAACGUGUCUGAAAACCCUUCUCAUCAUCUACUCCUUCGUCUUCUGGAUCACAGGUGUUAUCCUUCUCGCAGUCGGCGUCUGGGGCAAGCUCACUCUAGGCACGUACAUCUCUCUUAUCGCGGAGAACUCCACCAAUGCCCCCUAUGUGCUCAUCGGGACGGGUACCACAAUCAUUGUCUUUGGGCUUUUUGGCUGCUUUGCCACUUGUCGUGGCAGCCCAUGGAUGCUGAAACUGUAUGCCAUGUUCUUAUCCCUGGUGUUCCUGGCUGAGCUAGUGGCUGGCAUUUCAGGGUUUGUGUUUCGCCAUGAGAUCAAGGAUACCUUCCUUAGGACAUACACUGAAGCAAUCCAGAAUUACAAUAAGAAUGAUGAGCGGAGCCAUGCAGUGGAUAAUGUACAGGAAAGUCUGAGCUGCUGUGGCAUUCAGAGCUAUACCAACUGGAGCACCAGCCCUUACUUCUUCAAACAUGGCAUCCCUACAAGCUGUUGCAUGAACUCCAGUGACUGCAAUACUCAGGAUCUGCGCAAUAUGACCGUGGCUGCCACUAAAGUAAACCAGAAGGGCUGUUACGAUUUGGUGACCAGUUUUAUGGAGACAAAUAUGGGAAUUAUAGCUGGAGUUGCUUUUGGAAUUGCAUUCUCACAGUUGAUCGGGAUGCUGCUGGCGUGCUGCCUGUCCCGGUUUAUUACUGCUAACCAGUACGAGAUGGUGUAACAAGUCUUUCGGAAGCGUGAAGCCCAGCGCCUGUCCCAAGAUCAGGAACUGCAGCGUUCAAGAAAGACUGACACGAAUGUUAUAGCACACACUGUCUCUCGCACGCACGCACGCACACCCCCACAAGCAAGCACGUGCGCGUGCGCACACUCGCCCCCUCUCCCUCCCCCCCCAACCUCCCGACCUGCCCCAUGCGUAGUGUACCAUCCUGUGAAGCACCGCCGUGCGCCCAGAGCCGACCCCCGGGCCAGGACGGCGCGCUCUUGAUCACGCUGUAGUUGCAUUGUAAGUUAACACAGGUAAUUCAUUAACAGCAUCGAUCAGGCUGUGCAUGUAGUGACCGGAGGGCACGAUUAGCCUUUCACCAUGGUUAAUAAGUGUUGCACACAUUCAUAUAAACCGGUAUAUGAAAUAUGUAUUCUUUUGGGUUUAUCUUAAUUUCUUGGUUUGUUUAUGCUUUACUAAGGUUUUCACCCUUUCCCCCUUCCCUGCUCCCCUUCCCCGCAAACAAAGGAAUCGGUAACAUAACAUAAAGAUACUUGAAAACGAUGUUAAAAUGUUGUGCUUGAAGGGAACCGUUCCUCCUGGUGUUCUUCGACAUCUUUGAUUCUUACUCAGUGUUGUAUGCCCAGUGCGUAUCCCAGUAGGCUUCGUCUAGUGCAUUUUGCCUCUGAACCUGAUCCUGUGUAAUACUGUUAUGAAGCUGUGUUGUCGCUUACUGUGAAGGCAGUAAUUUUGCUCCCUUUAUUUUUAUUAGAUAGCUAUGAACUAAUUGAACCGUGCUGUACCGCGGCCUUCGGACUUUUUUCCUCUUCUUUCUUUUUCUUUCUUCUUUUUGCAUUGAGGUUGCAGCCACCAAGUACAUCGUUGAAUCAAAUCAAAAUAGAAACAACAAAAAAACUCACAGACACCACCACCAACAGGCAUAUGGAAUAUUUUUGGGGGAAAGCAAAAAUUUAAAACCUUUUUAAAAAAACAAUAGGACUUUUUUAAUAAUGCCUCUGUCUAGCAUGCCAACGAGAAUGCAUUGAUAUUGUGAGUAUUUGUGAUAUAUGUAUUAAUAAAUGGAACCAUUACAGAUU